CAGUUCCAUGACAGUUGGGAAUCUCUCCUGGAGACAGGGCCAAGGGUGGAACUGACAAGAAUGGGGGGUAACACCUCAGCCUAAUCAUCCUUCCCAUAUCCUCCCACUGCUACCUCACAAAAUCCAGAAACUUCACUUGUCCUUCAGCUGCUGAUUCUAAAAUCAGCUAAUUCACAGAGGGAGGGACAGUUUUAGGUGUGAGACAUUAGGGUAGAGGAAAUCAAAAAGCCUAGUUUCAGAAUUGAUCUUGGCUUGGGACAGAUAGAAAACUUGCUGAGGACAAAAGCUCUCUCUCUCUCUCUCUCUCUGUUUCUCUCUGUCUCUCUGUCUCUGUCUCUCUCUCUCUCUGCCUCUCUCUCUCUGUCUCUGUCACUGUCUCUCUGUCUCUCUGUCUCUCUCUCUGUCUUUCUCUCCUUCCUCUUUCCAAUGUCUAGUGGCAUUGAAACUAUCCCAAAUUAGGACCAUGGAGUCCCAGAGCCUGUGCAUCUCCUGCUUAGCACUAAUAAUGAUGCUUUUAGGUUUGAUCCAGAAGGAAUGGGUUAAGCUGAAGAUGACACCAUCAGGGAAAUACAUUUCCAGCAGCCCCUGGACCUCUUGUAUCCUCUUAGACUGCACCAAUGUUACACCAGAUUUAAAGAAGUCAGUCUGGAACCUGAUGGCCACAAGUACUCUAUUUUCCAUUAUCCUGACCUUUGCCUUGGGAUUGGAUUACACUUAUCUGCUUCCUCCGAUCAAAGGCCGCAAAUACAUCUUUAGCUUUAUCAGCUUCCUUUCAGCAGGAACCUGCCUGCUCUCAGCAAUCAUACUGUACUACCAAGACCUGAAGAACAAUAUCGAGAAACAAUACGUUGAUUUCAAAGUCACCUGGGUUUUUCAUUCAAAUUAUAUAAUUAUCUUUUUGUAUUAUGCCUGUGGGGUCCUCUGUGUUUGGAACCUACUGACCAAGUUCUUUCUAAACCUCCAAGAGUUGUCCAAACGAUCUGUAAUAACCAAGAAAGUGGACAUCAGAGAUGAAGCAACAAAAAGUACAAGUUUUCUUAGCAUAGUCCAAUCUCAAAACUUUGGCAAAAUAAAUAAGUCUACUGCACGUACCCAAAUCUCCCAAGUGUCCUGGAAUUUCUAGAUUUGGGGCUGCUAUAGAAGUAUAUCUUUAUGCCUAUGUUUGUAUUUCUGCUGACCCAUAUAUGUGUAAUUAGAUGUUAUAUGUAUACACUAUUUAUUGUAGGUUUGACCAUGUGUAUUAUAUAUGACUAAGACAGUGAAGGACUAUGUACAGAAGUGCCAGGCAAUGAUACUAUUUAACCCUGUAUUAAAUAAAAGAGAUUUUUCUCUGGUCA